CAUGCUCAUAAUAGGGUUUAUAAAAUGUGAAUCUGCAAAAAUAGUAAAAAAAGUACACUAUUUCCUGGUACAGUUGGUCUUGACAGUUAAAACAUCUAAAACUUUAGGGUCCUGUUCUAAUGUAGACAAUAAGAUUUUGGGGUUUCUGACCCCUUCUGCUCCGCCACAUGAGACGCCCCUCUAACCAGGGGUAGUAGUGGGCGGAGCUACGGACUGUCCUGUAUGUGGCAGGUUCACGUUACACCGUUAAACACAGCAGCCUCAGCAUGUGGAAACGGUGUUUCUGACUAAAUUAUCCGCGCGAGAAUCAAAACACAGAGCAGCCCAGCCUAGGUAAGAGCAUCUUCACGUUGUGCACUGUACUUUUUUCUUCUUCUUCUCUCCUUUUAGAGGUGAAACAAGUGUGAGGACCUGUUGGAGAGCUAGCCACUCUGAGCUAACGUUAGCCUGUUGCGUUAGCCGCUGGCAGUUUGGCUAGCGAGUGUUUCGCUGUUGACAGUAGUAAACACGGGAAGUCAGUCCGCUCGUAACAUCCUUCUCAAAACCCGAACAAUACACACCAGAUAAAAGUAGGUUAAUACUUUACUUUUCUUUAUCUGGUCAUAUGUGAGGCCACACAUGUAAUAUCUCUCUGUGUGUGUGUGUGUGUGUGUGUGUGUGCGCGUGCGCGUGUGUGGGUGUCUUAUCCAGAUGUUUAACUACUUUUUUGACAAGCCGCAGUCGGAAGGGCUGUUGCGCCAAACCUGCUCUUAUUAGACAUGUUACUCUUAAAUUGCAGGUGCAGCAUAUACCCACAGUAAUGCAUCACAAGCAGAAGGUUUACUGGGUUAAAUAUAUACCCUUUCAAAGUAAAACUGUGCUGACGUGAAAUGCAGACCCUGGUAUUUUCAGAAUAAAACUGUGCUGAUGUAAAAAGCAGACCUUGGUAUGUGACAGGGGAACUGAAUCCUCAGCAGUUUCACACCCAAGACGACAAGCCAUGAAGUGCUGACUUGUUAAAUUUAGAGAUGGUAUCCAGUGUGGCCUCCCAGGUUCCUGUUAAUCUGUGUUCACAGCUGACAGGGAGUUUUAUGAGUUUUGAUGACCAUAUCAAAUGUGUUGUUGCAUAAACACUGAACCACAUAUGACCUGAAAGUAGAUCCGGGUGUUUUUAUAUGUUUAAACGGAAUACUGGUGUGUAGUAAAACCGGAGAUGUCUAUACCAAGACAUCAUCUGUGUUUUCCUGCUUUACGGUUAUAUGACGAAUAUUUAUGUUUUUUUUUUUUUUAUGUUUUAGUGGGAAUGCUGGAAAAAUUCCCUUACCUGUUUGGUCAUCGUAUCUACUUUACAACUAAUUUCCUUAUUCAAAAUGUCUUAUUCUUGUGUGUAAAUGUACGCUAAAAGCAGUAAUACCUUCUUUAUAGAGCCGAUAUUAUUUGUCACAUUUUAUAGACCAAAUGAUGAAUCGAGUAAUUUAGAAAUUGUCACAUUAGUCUGAAAUGAAAAGAGUUGUUAUUUGCAGCCCUACUCUGAAAUAUAAAUCAUACAUUGAUACAUACAUUUCAGUCGAUAUUUGAAUAAAACUACAGUGUUUCAGAAUUAGUCUUAACAUUUUGGCUUCAAUUGAUUGAGUCAAUUAAACACACUUAAAAUAACAAGCCAGCAGCCGCUCCCAUUGAUUUCAACCACAUUUUACUUUUACACGAUUUAAGCCAGCAUCUUAUUUCCUCUCCCCUUUUAUCGAUAUAAUUUGGUGCUCAGCAGUGCAUGCAAUGAAUGGAAAUCAGGUCGCAUGUGCCUAUUGUGUUGGAAAGAGAUGGGCGUCGGCCAGCCCCCCUCAUCUAAUAUUCAGCCGUGAGUGAAGGGGGAUGCUGAGCACUGCUUGUUGAUUCUGUUUGCGAGUGAACGAGGGAUAACGAUUGGUGUUGUUGAGUGGCCACAUCAAUAUAAGCCUCACCCUACACUAAGCGGUGCACAGGUGGUUAGCGGCCCGCCAUGGAUACCACCAACUCCCUGAAGAUGACCUCUCUGGCCAUCCAGAGCCUGUUCAGCUACGUGGAGGAGGAGAACCUGGCCGCCAUCAAAGCCCACUUGGACAAGUUCAGAGAUGUGGACAGCAGGAGCGAUAAUGGACAGACUCCCCUGAUGGUGGUGGCAGAGCAGGGCAAUCUGGAGAUAGUGCAAGAGCUCAUUAGGAGAGGAGCCAACGUUAACUUGGACGAUGUUGACUGCUGGACCUCGCUGAUCUCGGCAGCGAAGGAGGGCCACAUCGAGGUGGUGAGGGAGCUGCUGGAGAACAAUGCUAACCUGGAACAUCGAGACAUGGGAGGUUGGACCGCUCUCAUGUGGGGAGCCUAUAAAGGUCGUGCAGAUGUGGUCCAGCUGCUCUUGGAGAAGGGAGCUAACCCCAACAUCACUGGUCAGUACAGCGUCUACCCCAUUAUCUGGGCGGCGGGUCGAGGCCACGCAGAGAUUGUCCAUCUCCUGCUGCAGCACGGAGCCAAGGUUAACUGCUCCGACAAGUAUGGGACCACUCCUUUGAUCUGGGCAGCCAGGAAGGGCCACUAUGACAGCGUCAUGCACCUUCUGGCCAACGGGGCCGAUGUGGACCAAGAAGGAGCGAACUCAAUGACCGCUCUGAUUGUGGGAGUGAAAAGCGGCUCUACAGAGGUUGUGAAGGAGCUGCUGAAGAAUAACCCAAAUGUCAACAUGACGGACAAGGAUGGCAACACAGCCCUGGCCAUCGCUGCCAAGGACGGUCACACCGAGAUCGUACAGGACCUGCUGGAUGCCGGCACCUACGUCAACAUCCUGGACAGGAGUGGGGAGACGAUGCUGAUUGGAGCCGUGAGAGGAGGUCAUGUGGAGAUAGUUCGAGCUCUGCUGAACAAAUACGCUGAUAUUGACGUCCGGGGCCUGGAUGGAAAGACUGCCCUCUACUGGGCAGUGGAGAAAGGCAACGCCACCAUGGUGAGAGACAUCCUGCAGUGUAACCCUGACACUGAGAGCUGCACUAAGGAGGGAGAGACCCCACUCAUCAAAGCCACAAAGAUGAGGAGCAUAGAGAUAGUGGAGCUCCUGCUAGAUAAAGGAGCCAAGGUGUCUGCAGUGGAAAAGAAAGGAGACACACCCCUCCACAUCGCCAUUCGAGGCCGCAGCCGGAAGUUGGCUGAGCUGCUGCUGAGGAACCCUAAAGAUGGCCGCCUGCUUUACCGCCCAAACAAAGCCGGGGAGACGCCGUACAACAUCGACUGCACCCACCAGAAAAGCAUCCUCACACAGAUAUUUGGAGCCAAGCACCUCGGCCCCUCCGAGUCCGACGGAGACAUGUUGGGUUAUGACCUGUAUAGCAGCGCUCUAGCAGACAUCCUUAGUGAGCCCACCAUGCAGCCACCUAUCUGUGUUGGCCUUUACGCUCAGUGGGGCAGCGGGAAGUCUUUCCUUCUCAAGAAACUGGAGGAUGAGAUGAAGACCUUCGCGGGCCAGCAGAUAGAGCCAUUGUUCCAGUUCUCGUGGCUGGUGGUCUUUCUCACGCUGCUACUCUGCGGCUCAGUGGCCUUGCUUCUGGGCUUUACCGUCGAUCCCCAGCUGGCUAUCGCCGUCUCCCUCAGCCUCCUCGCUCUAAUCUACAUCUUUUUUGUGUUGGUGUACUUCGGAAGUCGGCGUGAGAGGGAGAGCUGGCGCUGGGCGUGGGUCAUCAGCACCCGUCUGGCUCGCCAGGUCGGUUACCUGGAGCUGCUGCUCAAACUGAUGUUUGUCAACCCCCCCGAACUUCCUGAGCAGACCACCCGCGCACUGCCUGUCAGGUUCUUGUUCACCGACUAUAAUCGUCUGUCCAGUGUCGGAGGGGAGACCUCCAUGGCUGAGAUGAUCGCCACGCUCUCUGAUGCCUGCGAGAGGGAGUUUGGCUUCAUGGCCACCAGACUCUUCAGGGUUUUCAAGAAAGAUGAGAUCCAAGGUAAGAAGUGGAAGAAGACAUGUUGUGUUCCCUCAUUCGUGCUGUUUGCCUUGACACUGGGAUGCCUGAUCACCGGUAUAGCCCUGUUGGCCAUCUUUAAGGUGGACCCUGAUAAUUUGACAGUAAAUGCAGUGCUGAUAGCCAUGGCCAGUGUGGUGGGCCUGGCCUUACUGCUCAACUGUAAGACCUGGUGGCAGGUGGCCGACUCCGUCCUCAACUCCCAGAGGAAACGGCUGCACAGUGCUGCCGACAACUUGCAUAGGCUCAAGAGUGAAGGAUUUAUGAAGGUUCUGAAGCAGGAAGUGGAGCUAAUGUCAAAAAUGGCCAAAACCAUUGAUGGCUUUACCCAGAACCAGACUCGCAUGACCGUCAUCAUCGACGGACUGGACGCCUGUGAGCAGGACAAAGUUCUGCAGAUGCUGGACACGGUGAGGGUACUCUUCUCCAAAGGCCCUUUUAUCUCCAUCUUUGCCAGUGACCCCCAUAUUAUCAUCAAAGCCAUCAACCAAAACCUCAACAGUGUGCUGAGAGACUCCAACAUCAACGGGCAUGACUACAUGAGGAACAUCGUCCACCUGCCGGUAUUCCUCAACAGCAGAGGUCUCAGCGCGGCCAAAAGGCUCUGCCUGGCAGCGCCUGUCAAUGGAGAGACCUCGUCCGCUGAGGGAUGGCAUGAAGACAUGGACAGGAAGAUGUCUCAGAGCAGCGUGGACCAGGCCAAGUUUGGCAGCAAGAACGCCCUAAACCGCAGGGACACGUACCGGCGUCGGCAGAUGCAGAGGACCAUCACCAGACAGAUGUCCUUCGACCUGACCAAGCUGCUGGUGACCGAGGACUGGUUCAGCGACAUCAGCCCACAGACCAUGAGGAGGCUGCUCAACAUCGUUUCUAUCACCGGUCGUCUGUUGCGAGCCAAUCAGAUCAUCUUCAACUGGGAUCGUCUGGCGUCAUGGAUCAACCUGACAGAAGAGUGGCCUUACAGGACGUCGUGGAUCAUCCUCUUUUUGGAAGAGAGCGACGGAGUGUCGGACCAGAUUGCUCUCAAGACGAUCUAUGAGAGGAUCUCCAAGAACAUCCCGACCACGAAGGACGUGGAGCCGCUGCUGGAGAUUGAUGGAGACGUCCGCAGCUUCGAGGUCUUCCUGUCCUCCAGGACGCCCGUUCUCGCUGCUAGAGAUGUUGAGAUGUUCCUGCCCUGCACCGUCAACCUGGACCCCAAACUCAGGGAGAUCAUAGCAGAUGUGCGAGCGGCCAGGGAGCAGAUGCACAUGGGAGGAGUGACCUAUCCCACGCAGCCCCUGCAAGAGGCAGUGCCCCGUCCCCAGUCGGGCUAUGGCCAGCCCUCUGCCGCCUGCUCCCCAGCGGGCUCCUUCGCCGGAUCUCUGCCUUCUCAGCCUCACAGUGCCUACUUCAGUGGGAUGACUGGCCCUCAGCACCCCUUUUACAACCGGCCUUAUUUCCCCCAUCAUGUGUAUCACAUGCCAAGGCCUUUCUCCCACCAUGUCCCCUCAUCCUCGCGCCCCACCAUUAAACCACCCGGUCAACAUAAGGACGGCACCAAUGGACUACAUUUAAAGUCGCUGCCUUACAAAUUAAAGCAGGUCUCUCCUGAGGCCCUGCUUAGCUCUCUGAACACAGAUGCAGUGUGUGAGCGCCUCAGACAGCUAGAUGGAAUCGACCCCAGCAUGCUGCCUCAGUACACAUCCAUCAUCAAGAAGGCUAAUAUAAAUGGCAGAGUGCUGUUUCAGUGCAACCUGGAUGAGCUGAAGAAAGAGAUGGAGAUGAACUUCGGCGACUGGCAGCUCUUCAGGGGAACGGUGAUGGAACUACGUCACACUGAAACCCAGGCUCCGCUUCAAGACGAGUCCCGAGCUGCUAGCGAGCAGGACAGCAGCUCGCACCACAGGGAGCCCAGCAGACGCUCGGGGGGGGCCCAGCAUGAAGCGGCAGCCUUCAGCCUGAAUCUGAGCUUUGAGGAGCUCAGCGGAGCAGGGCUGGAGGAACCUCCGAGACACAGCAACAACUCGCACUGGCCGGUGGCAAAUCUCUGCACCUCGAGCAUGUCCAGCCUCAACUCUCAGGAAUCCUCAAAUGACAUCUGCAAGCUGACGGACAAGCAGCAGUCUGAGUACCACGAUGCCUACAGGGAGUACAUCGCUCAGAUGGCGCAGGUGGAGAUGUCCGGCGUUGGGGGAGAGAGGCCCGUGCAGCCCCACCCUGGACAAUUCCUCCAGGCUGCCAGCUCAGAGGACAAAGGGGCCAAGGAAGGAGCUGACCAAGACAGCCGCAAAUCCUUCACCAAGAGAGGCUCCAAGACUAGUGAUGCCACAGACUUCCCCUCAGGGACCGAUGCCCAGCCUCUAGACCCCAUCAGUGAAGAGGAUGAGAAGCUGGACCGCAGUACAUUGUCCAGGAUUCCGGGCUCCAGGAAGAAGGUAGGCGGGUCAUUGUACCACAAGCUGCCCAGCGAUGAAGACUCCGGCCCAGAAGAGGCCGACAACACCACACCUCUCCUCCACAAAGAGGGUAGAGCUGGUGCUCUGUCCUUCCACAGCGGCUCCCAGCCCAUUGGGCUCCUGACAAAGCCUGGCUUCCUCACCGAAAUCCUCCUGGAUAAGAAGGACUCGUCUGACUCAGGGAUGCGCUCCAGUGACAGCUCCUCAGACCGCUCUCUAGAGGAGGCUGAAGAAGAUGCUGACGGAGAGAGAGGAGCACUGAAGCCCAGCCUGAUUGAACUGGAGCUGGAGGGUCUGGUGAAGAAGAGGGGCCUCCUCCCCAGCAGCCUGAGCGGCCUGCAGGACGCGGCGGUGGCCCGCAUGUCCAUCUGCUCCGAGGCGCCGUCCGAGGCCAGCCUGAUGGCCAGCAGCCCAGAUGAGGGGUGGCCGUCUAGCGGGGUCAGCAACCUCAACUGCACCACCAGCAUCAGCAUUCUUAAUAACAACGCAAACAGCCCUGACGACACCAACAACACCAACAACAGCCAUAAGCAGCCGGUUAACAUCACAGGCACGGAUUCUACCACCUCCUCCUCCUCCUCCAGCCUCAACCUCUCGCCAGCUGUCAUCAUCACCCCCGGCAGCAGCAGAAGUACUGCCAACACCACAACCGCAGCCAUCCACAACCAGAACCUGCGCACCAUCAGCCUGGGAGACGAGACGGAGAGCGUCCUCUGAGGAGCUGCUCGUUAUUCUGAGAAGGGCCACAUAGACUGUUGUUCUUGAUGUUGUUACACUGUUAGUGUUGUGACGUGUUCCAAAGAAUUAGAGUAGAUAUGUGUUCUACUGUUAGAAAGGAAAUGUGUAAUCUAGUGCAAUCUGAAGCUUUACUUUAAUCACCUUUAUUUUAAAAAUUACAAAUCUAAAGACACAUUAUUAACUACAAUUGACUACAAAGUUAAUGAUACCAAAAAUACUUCUGUCAGGUCAAAUUGGGAUUGCUUUAACUGUCCCAUGCGUUUGGAUGUUUUAGGUGUGAUUUCUUGCGUGAAUAUGGUGCUGUUGUGGAAAUAAUCUAGUCUAGUAGUCUAGUGAUGAAAUGUUACAUGUUGUGGACGUUAUACGUUACAAAAAAAGGUGUUUUUCAGGAAAUGUAAUCACGACUUAAAAAAAGCUCUGUGUUAUGGGGGGACUUUUGUCUCCGACGUGUUUCGUGCGGUGCUGUGUUUGGUGGUUAGAAUAUCUCGAAUAGAUGGCCGUGUAGACAGUGGUGCAGUGUCUGUAAUAGAAGAAGUGCAUGCACUAGCCUCCAAAGUGGCGAUGUCCUUUCCAUACUUGCUUGUGAAAAGGCGUUCACUUCAAUAAACGUUUUCCUAUGUGGACCCUUGAAA